AUGCCGCCCACUCUCGCCGAGCUCGGCCCCUUCGACGCGGCCGGCGUGCUGGACGGCGGGACCAGGCUCGACGUGAUAUUAGCGCAGUACCGCGUGGGACAGGUGGAGCAGGAUCCGGCCGACUGCGCGCACUGUUCGGUGAAGUCGCACGCGGGACAGGGGGGCAGCGCGGGGCACGAGACGCAGCCCUGGUUAGUACUCUUGUUUGUGGCACAAGCGACCCAGGUUCGAUUCCUGGGGACGGCAGAGCUUUUUUUUUUGAUUCUACAAACGUGCAUUUCUCUAUCUGAUGCUGCUCAUGAUGCCGUAGCCGACGGUGAUGAUCAUCGCAAACAUGACGAGCGAGACGGGCACGCCGCGCGAGAUGAACAGGCUCGUCGAGAGAUACCGCUUGCCCAGGUCGUCGGUCAUAGAGAUGGCGAUCGAGUUCGGGAAGCCCGACAUGGGCAGCGCCAUGCCGACGCUCGCAAUGAGCGUGAUCCCGCACACGAGCAGGAACUCGUCGCCGAGCUCCUGGCCGACGGACUGCACGAGCGGAAUCAGGAUCAGCGCGGAGACAGUGUGCGACACAAACGUGGCAAACACGACGCAGAGCACGCCGAAAAUCGCCAGAACCGCGAUAGCCGGGUACGUGUGGAUUCUUUCGGAGAGCGACGUGGCGAUGGUGUGCAGCAGGCCGGACGAGCUGACGCCCUUGCCGAGCGCGAUGCCGCCCAUGGCGAGCAGGACGAUCGACCAGGGGUAGUUGUUGACGUCGGUGGUGGUGAGCAGGCCGGUGCCGUAGAAGGCGAUGAUGGGCACGAUGGAGAUCACGCCGGAGGACCCGAGCCGCGACUCGAGCUGCGACUCGACGCACCACAGCACGAUGGUGAGCACGGACACGAAGCAGAUGUAGUACUGUUUGAGGGUGAAGGCGGUCUUGAUGGGCUUGAUGGGCUUGAUCUUGACGUUGUUGAUCUUGAAGGUGAGGAUCAUCUCGAGCCACACGACAAAGAGGCCGAUUACGCACAGCGGGAUGGAGAACGAGAACCAGUUGCCCCACGACGGGUGUGGCUGGAGCGUCUCGAUGGCGAUGAUGUUCUGCGGCGACGAGAUCGGCGUGCUCAUGCCGCCCACGUCCGACACGAGCGCGAUGCCGAGCACGAGCGCCCGCGCAAAGCCGGACUCUGUCGGGAGGCUCUUGAGCAGCGGCGCGAUCAGCGAGUACGCGAGCACGGGCGCCGCGACGUUCGAGAUCCACAUCGACAGGAACAGCGCCACCACCAUGAUGGCCAGCAGAAUGCGCCGCGGCGACGUGCCGGCGAAGAACAGGAUGUACGACGACGCGAUGCGCGCGAUGUUGUACUUGGACAGCGCGGCCGCGAGCGUGAACCCGCCGAUCAGCAGCAUGAUCGUCGAGUUCCACAUCGUGCUGAAGAUGUAGGUCGACGCGUCUGCGGCGCCCAUCACCUUGCCGGUGUCGGCGUCCUUGAGCACGUUGCACGUGACCACGAGGAACGGCACGAGCAGCGACGUGGCGAACAGCGGGAUGGCCUCUGUGGCCCACAGGAUCGCGCAGACGGCCACGAUGGCGAGACAGUUGCUCUGCGUGCGGUCGUUGAGCGUCUUGACGCCGAGCAGCACGCCGCCCACGAGAAUGGCCAGCGCGAUCUUGAACGCGGCCCAGCCAAACAGGAACCGCGGCACGCCGAGCCGGAACGGCAGCCACGGCACGUCGACCGUGUACAUCUCGACCUGGAACAUGCCCUUGAGCUCUGCCUCGUCGCCCGUCAGCACGCUCGAGCCCUUGGCGUUGUGCUUGUCCUUCUCGAUGCCGAUCAUCUCCUUCCAGACGGUGCUGCGCUCGAAAACGAUGUGCUCGCGCAGGUGGCUGCGCAGGAACGCCCGCGCGGCCUCCGUGGAGUCCCGCGUCACGCCCGCGUACACCUCCACCAGCUCGUCGAGGUAGUCGUCGAUCUUGACGAGCGCGGCAGCGCUGAACACCUCGGACCGCGAGCCGAGCGACUCGACAAAGCGCUCGCGGAUCUGCUGCUCCAGAACCUUGUCGAACUUCUUGCACACCUUGCUGAAGCCGAUCUUGUUGAGCUCGAUGAACGACUUGAGCUCCGACAGCUCGAUGAACGCCUGCACAAUGCGCUUUUUGUAGCUCACCUCGUGCUGGAACGAGAGGUUCAGCUCGCGGUCGCCCAGCAGCGUCGAGAACGCGGUCGUGCUCUCGAGGUCGUCCUCGUCAUCGUCGCCCGCGUCGCGCUCGACGUCGCCGGUCCGCACCCGCUGCAGGUCCUCCUGCGUCUCCUUGUAGUAGUGCAGGUCCCUGAGCAGCCGGUCGACCUCGCCGAAAAUCUCCUUCUCCUGCGCGGUGUAGAAGCGGUCGAUCUUGCGCAGCUCCUUCAGCAGAGCCGUCUCAAACACCGCCGUCGGCGACACCUUGUCCAGAUCGACCUUCGCCAGGUCCAGCGUCUCCUGCUCCGAAAUCGACUCGAGCUCCAGAGUCUCCGUCGUCGACUCCUCCUUCUUGCGCCUCAGAGAGCCCAUCUUGUCCAUGAGCGACACCUUCCACCUGGCCACCCCGGAGAGCUCGAGCCCGGCGAGAUUCGACCGCGCGUCGUUGUCGGACGUGUGCGCCGUGGCCAGCUUCGAGGACGCCGCGUUGGAGUUGUCGUUCUCCAGCACGAGCUCCUGCAGCUCGUAGAUCAGCUUCUUGAGCGCCGAGUACGCCAGAUAGUGCUCCUUCCACUCGGGGACGGCGUUGAACUGCAAAGAGUGCGAGAAUUUCAUGACGCAGGAUCUUGGCACUAA